AUGCCUGUCUUUUGCGAACUUGAUAUGGGUAAGGUACUUUUUACUAAAUCAAAAGUUUCGUAUCGGAAUCUUUCGGCGAUGAAUCUGGACGCUCUGAGAGCUGACCUUUUUAACUCUGAUCGCUGUAAAAACACUGAUAUGUUUGAUGUAAAUGAGCUUGCUAUAUGUUAUAAUAAAACACUUGAAUCAACCAUAAAUAGGCAUGCUCCAUUAAGAACUAAAACGAUCGUUACUCGGCCCUAUUUACCUUGGUUUAACACUGAAGUAAAAUCUGCAAAAAGAGAGCAAAGAAGAGCUGAACGAAAAUGGAGAAGAACUAAACAGCCUCAUGAUUUUCAAAUCUACAAAUCUAAGAAAAACUAUAUGAUAUUUGUAAUGAACCGUUCUCGGAAAAAAAUUUAUACAGAUUUUGUCCUGGAACAUAGUUCAGAUCAACGGAAACUAUUUAACGCCGCUAAGUCUCUCUUUCAUCAGAGAAAUGAUCUUAAUUUUCCCGCAUAUGAAAACCAGAUUAUGUUAGCUAAUGAUAUUGGGAAUUUUUCGUGCAGAAAAUUGAAAACAUUCGAAGUGAACUUGAUUUGUCAGCUUCAGACUUGCACAAUCGUGUCUUCGAUAAAUCUAUUGCAUUGAAUGCCUGCUUUGAUUCAUUUGAGCAAUUAAGUGAAGAAGAUGUAAAAAAUUUGAUAACUAAAUCAAAUGGGAAAACUAGUUCAUUGGAUCCAAUGCCGACUUCGAUUGUCGUACAGUGUCAAGAUAUUCUUCUUCCUGUUCUUACAAGGAUGAUAAACAUGUCAUUAGAUUCUGGUGUUUUUCCUCCUGAAUGGAAGGUAGCGGAUGUUUGUCCGUUACUUAAGAAAUCGAAUUUGGACACUUGCACUGCUUUUGAAAACCUUAGACCUGUUAGCAAUCUGUCGUACGUAUCGAAGCUUACUGAACGUACAGUCUUCAAUCAAACAAACGAUUUUCUGAAUACACAAAGAUUGUAUCCUAAAGGUCAGUCGGCAUAUCGUAAAUGCCAUAGCACUGAAACGGCUUUGCUACGAGUAACAAACGAUAUCAUGAUGAAUAUGAACCGUCAACAUGUUACUCUAUUGGUAAUGCUAGAUCUUAGCUCCGCAUUCGACACCGUUGAUCAUGACAUUCUGCUUCGUAGAUUGAAUCAUGAAUUUGGAAUAAAGGGGCGGGUUCUAGAGUGGUUUACUUCUUAUCUCAGUAAACGUUCUCAAUUUAUUUCAGUCAACGGUGACCGAUCUAGACUUUUUGAUGUAUCAUGUGGAGUCACUCAGGGAUCAUGUUUGGGUUCCCUACUAUUUGUACUAUAUGUUAGUAAACUGUUUAACAUUGUGGAAAAACACCUACCUGAUGCUCAUGCAUUCGCUGACGCUUCACAACUCUAUGUAUCGUUCAAACCAGAUUCGACCUGUGAUCAACUUGCUGCAGUUGCUGCCUUAUAG